GGUUUGGCAAGAAAAACGUUGAAAGCAGCAUGGAUUACUACCAGAAUUCCUACAAUGAACGAAUGCUUGCUGUUAUUCAAUGACUCACUGCAUUCGUGCUCGUUGCGUGAGCUUAGCCCACACAUAAAAGACCUCAGUGGUGCUACGGGUGCUCAUGAAGACGACACAGAAAACCUGCUUGUAACUGUGGAUCUGAAACGAGUUGUGGAUCCGCUGGAUUACGUACCUGAAGCUGGUCCUCUCGAAGAUUUAGAUCUUCCCAACAUACUUCCUGACCUUCCGGGUAUUGCGGAAGACCUAACUCUACCAGAUUUUGAUGUCGUUUUACCAGCAGUGUUCUCUGAUACCCAUCAAAGCACUGUUGAACCCGACAUUCUUAAAGAUUUGGAGACGGUCGGUAGCAAUGCAAGUAAUUCUGCUUCGGACGUUUCCAAACCAGAUAAAAAUGAUGCGAAAGACGAAAAGGAGCCAAGUGGAGUGGCGGAUGUAAUAGUGGAUGUUCGAUCUCUUCCAACUUUGAAGGAAGUUCAGUCUGCACCAGCGGUGACAUCAGUUCCUCCACCCCCUCCACCUCCACCACCACCGCCUUUAUUGCUAAGUCCAGCACCCGCUCCUGUGCCGCAGUCUUCAUUACCACAAACUAAUGACAGAGCUGAUUUGAUGGCUGCCAUACGAGCGGCUGGAGGCGCUGGCAAGGCGAAAUUGAAAAGUAUUGGUAGUCAACGUCGCUCUGUUAAGGAGAGUGAAUCACUCAGCUCUUCGGCCUUGUCUGAGAAGAGCUCUUCACCCGGCAACAGCCUGAUGAUGUCAUUGGCAAAAGCUCUUGAAGCAAGAAGGAAAGCUAUAUCUGGUAUGAAUCCUUCUUCAAACUCUACGGGUCUGGAAACGUCCAGAGGAGUUGAUGAGGGCAGGAAAUCGGAUGGAGAUGAUGAUUGGAAGUGA